AUGCAUUCUCGUUUCUCCUUACUUAAAAUAAAUAUUGGCAAUAAGGGGAUCAUUGCUGUUGGUGAGAAUUGCAAGUUUCUAACUGAUCUUAGCAUUCGAUUCUGUGAUAGGGUGGGGGAUGGAGCCCUUAUUGCUAUAGCCGAGGGCUGUUCCCUUCAUUAUCUGAAUGUAAGUGGCUGCCACCAAAUUGGAGAUGCUGGACUGAUAGCCGUUGCAAGGGGUUCCCCUCAACUCUGUUAUCUUGACGUGAGUGUACUCCAGACUUUGGGCGAUAUGGCUAUGGCCGAGUUGGGAGAAAAUUGUCCACUACUUAAAGAAAUAGUAAUAUCUCACUGCCGUCAAAUAACAGACGUUGGUUUAGCGCAUCUUGUCAAAAGCUGCACCCUACUAGAGUCAUGCCACAUGGUUUAUUGCUCUAGCAUAACUUCAGCCGGAGUGGCCACAGUGGUUUCUAGUUGUCCCAACAUAAAAAAGGUUCUUGUCGAGAAGUGGAAGGUUAGCCAGCGGACCGAGCGCCGGGCAGGUUCUGUCAUUUCCUACUUGUGCGUGGACCUUUAG